UUGCAGUAUUGUGGUUCAAAUAUUGGUUUAGGUUUCGAAGUGGGCACCAACUGUCCAAUAAUCGGCAGUAGUGCGGAAAAAAUCGUCGUAGUCAACAAAGAUGGAGACAUCAAUAUCAUUUGCAGAGAUGGCUUCGAAUUUCCGUCUGAAUUCAUGGAUGGGAGAUCCGUGUGCGUGAAUGGAACAUGGGCGCCAACACCUCCGGAAUGCGUACCAAAAUCAUGUCGAAUACCUGUGCGGCUGCAUGUGUUCUUCCUGAAACAACGCACCUCGCAAAUUCUGCAGUCUGGAGACGUCAUCGAGGACGGAUCUUCAGCGACUAUGAUUUGCCUGCGAGGAUUUCAUCUUCAAGGAAAUGGUGUGCUCGAAUGCCAUCGUGGACUCAUCACAAGCCAUCUAGGACAUUGUUAUCCACGUGAGUACUUGCUGAGAUAA